GGGUAAAAUCAAAGAUGGCGGACGAACUUGAUGUUGAUGACCUGAAAGCUUGGAUGUACGAAAAAGCUAAAUUGCAGUGCAGUCCCUUGGUAAAAGGUAUUAAGUCUAAGGUUGAUUGACACUAGGUAUUACAUGGCUUUUCUCUUAUUUGGGAAUUUGCGUUUGGAAAGAAUUUAAAAUUCAUUAUUAUCUCGCAAAGACUCUUAUGAUAUUUUGCCAACGUCGUACAUAUUUCCCUGAAAAAUCUGUACUGUGGCCAAUAAAUCUCGCGUUGUAUGCAGAGUAUGGUAAAUUGGCGUUCAUUUGCACGCCAGAACCAAAGCUUCGCUCAUGGAAGCUGGAGAAGUAAGAGGUUAUACCCUUCAGCACGAGCGUGCGAAUUUUGGAUUUUUUUAACGUAUUAUUGCAGAGAUUCCAACCCCAUGUGAUGGAAAAUAGGGAGUAAUUAUUAGUGCGAAAGGCGCGAGCUUCUAGGGGGGUCAGGGGGCAUGCCCCGGGGAAAUUUUGCAAAUUUAGGUUCUCUCAAGUGCCAUUUCCUGAAUUUUGACAUCAUUCCGGCCUGAGUUAUAACAUACCAUAAUGCUCUUCGCGAAGAAAGUAAGUAUAAUAUGAGUGUUUCACAGUGACAGAUCGCCAAAAAUUCUAAAGAUUGGCAAUUUUCCCCUAGUUUUCAGAAUUUUAUGAUAAAUCGGGAGAAUUUGGUAAAAAUCGGGAGAGCGGGAGGCAAGACAUCAAAUCGGGAGACUCCCGAUCAAAUCAGGAGGGUUGGAAUCUCUGUUAUUGCAUGCGGUGAAUGUGGCUGAAAAUGAAAAAUGGGUGAUGUGGUAGCCAGAUUUAUUAUGAGAAAGGAUAAUACCCUUAUCACCGCAUUAAACUGUUUCUGAAACAAAGGUAAACUGAUAUUUAACCUUUCACUCCCAAGCAUAUAUCGAUGUGAAUUCUCUAUACUGAAUGUUAUAUAUUUCCAUACAAUUUUAUCUCCAGUAGAUCAGACAAGCAAUAUCCUAAAGCUUAUAUUUUUCUUUCUCUGCUUGAAAAUAAAUUACAUUGAUGCCAUUUGGAAAAAUUACUUUUUGGUCUUAAAUGGGAAUGUAACAAAGUUUAAGAUGUAUAACUAUACUAGGUAAUUUAGUGUUAACAACUGGGUUGAAAACGUAAAUUAGCCACCGUAAAGGGUAAAAAAGCUGACAUUUCGAGCGUUAGCCCUUCGUCAGAGCGAAGGGCUAACGCUCGAAACGUCAGCUUUUUUACCCUUUACGGUGACUAAUUUACGUUUUCAACCCAGUUGUUAACACUAAAUUACCUGCUAUACUCUCCCACCGACGCAGCACCACAGUUUCUUUAGAAACUUACCCCUUUAUAACUAUACCACCUUGUUAAGCACAGGUAAUGUCAGUUUAUUUUUUGUAGAGCUAUUGAGUUUAAGUAUUGCCUUCACUCAGUUUUGAAUUUCUUUGUUCACAAGCCUUUCUAGAAUGUGCACAGGACCGUACCAUCUCUUUAGCUUGGACCUGUCGCCCAGAACACAAAGCCAUGAAACAGUGUAUGGAAGGAUUGUAAGUAAAACCUUAGUCCAGUUCUCAAGACCAGUAACAGUGUGGAAGGGGACAGGAGGGUGGGAACCUGGAAGAUCGGGGGGCAGAAGAGGGUUGGAGCUAUAUGACGGCAGGGAGUGGGAACACAAAUCAUAAAAGAGCUUUUCUGUAGUUUCCCACUGCUUAUCAUCUAGUAAAAAACCAGCACCCACUUAAGUUUUUUCACUCCCAUUUGAUGUCCACUGAGGCAUAAAAUAAAAUUUUAUAAGCAAGGAAAUGUAGUUUUUUUCUUAGGCUGAAAAAAACAGCAUAAUACUGGUGAAAUUGGAUACCUAUUGAAUUUGGUUAUGUGAUUGGUCAUGAAUGAAUUUGUAAGUGUCUUGCAAGCUGCAAUAGUCCAAAUUCUCCAGCAAUCAAUGAGAGUCGGGUUGAAUGUUGUCAGAGACUAAAUUGAUCAGGUUUGUGAUCCUUUUUAUUAACCUGUAUAUAGGAGUUAUUCAAUGGAGAGUGGGAGUCAGGAGGCAGAGGGGCAUAAAAGUAUGGGAGGUGGGAGAACAUGGUAUGGGAAGUGGGAGGCUGUGAUCCCCUGUCCCCCCCCCCUUCAACAAUGACAUAAGCGCUCAGCGCUCAGUGACAUGCAAUGAUCAGUGUGACACACUUGACUGGGCUUUGCAUGUCACUUGUUUGUUUUUAACACAUUUUGGCAUUAUAUAUGAUACAUUACUGAAAAUGGGAUGGCAACUUGGAAUCUCAUUAUUAAUCUCAACACAAUCUUGAUUAAUGGUUGUAGAACUGUUAUGUUAAGGUGAAAAAAAGCACAACCUUCAUCUGUGUUCCUGUAGCACAAGCUGGAGAGACUUUCCCCUAAUAACUAUGACUGUUCCUUCCAUUGAACUGUUCAAGUAGUUAAAAAACUUGUUCCCUUGUUUGUGCCAACCUUGUCCUAAGCUAAGGGCGAAUAGUUUGAGUUUUCAUGUUGAUAUUUCUUGCUUUUCAUUUCAGCUAUAGAAAAGCCAACUUUAAAAAAUACAAGGAAGAAUAUUUAAGAACAGUCAAGAGCAAGUAAAUGAAGAACAAGUUUUUGAGAAUUCUAGAUCACUGAUGAUCCUUCAAACUGAUGUGGAUCACAUUCUGUUCGCAAUAACUGCCUGGAGGAGAAAGAACUGUGAACAAAAUGAUGUCAAGAGACAAAUUAGAACAUUAUUCUUUUCAUCACUUUUUUUUAGUUGUGCUUUUGAUUUUUCAAGACAGAUAUAACCUUUGUUUAAAAAAAAAAAAAGAGUGGAAGCAAACUUAGCUUACAGAGCAGGCAUAGUUUUGGUGAGCAAGUGCUCAGAAUUUUUUUUAGUGAAAAUUAUAGCUGCCAUCUUUGAUUUUUACAGCUGCAGAAGGCUGGAGAGAAAGAAAUUUGUACCAAGUGGUUGAGCAAUGCCCAAAAGGAAGGGGGUGGGCCAAUAGAAAUUACCUCUCCCUAUCCCCUCCCCCCACCAUCCACUUAAACUCUUAAUCAAACGUGACUGGUCAAUUAAACAAUCAUGAGAAAUUGCCCUAAUAAAAUUCUUUAUUUAAUUUUUGUGCAUCACUUGUGUGAUGGACUAUCAUCAAGGAAAAGUUGGCUCUUUUUGACAGAAAAGAUAAUGUUUGGUAAAGUUGUUGCAUAUUUUUGCCCAGAAUACCAACUUUAAUAUUUCAAAACCAAAUAACUUUUUAAAAAUAUACAUUAAUAAAUGAAAAAAAUUAAUUUAUGUUUUAUGUCAUUUAAUCCACUGAAAAACAUAAAAUUAAAAAGAAAUGAACUAAAAUUACAUUCUCACAGUUCACCCAUUCAGUUUUCUGGUCAGCCAGUUAUUAGUAAUAACUUGAACUGGUAAUUAGUUCCCAUUCUGAUUUGCUUUUUUCAAUGGCUUUUAUUUCUUUGACAUUACAAUGC